GGGAGCUGCUGCGGGAGGCGGGGCUGCGGAGCUGUCCCAGGGCUGGGCGAGAGGCGGUCAUGGCGCCCCUCGGGCGUCUCGUGGUUCUCCUGACGGUGUUGGUGCUGUUGCUUUGGGGGGUUCGUCGGACCCAUGGGCGGCGGAGCGACGUGCGUGUCAUCACGGACGAGAACUGGAGGGAGUUGCUGGAAGGAGAGUGGAUGAUAGAAUUUUAUGCACCGUGGUGUCCUGCUUGUCAAAAUCUUCAACCAGAAUGGGAAAGUUUUGCUGAAUGGGGAGAAGAUCUUGAGGUUAAUGUUGCAAAAGUAGAUGUCACAGAGCAGACAGGACUGAGUGGACGGUUUAUCAUAACUGCUCUUCCAACUAUUUAUCAUUGUAAAGAUGGUGAAUUUAGGCGCUAUCAGGGUCCAAGGACUAAGAAAGACUUCAUCAACUUCAUAAGCGAAAAAGAGUGGAAGAAUAUUGAACCUGUUUCAUCAUGGUUUGGUCCAGGUUCUGUUCUGAUGAGUAGUAUGUCAGCACUCUUUCGGCUAUCCAUGAACAUCAGGACUUGCCACAACUAUUUUAUUGAAGAUCUUGGAUUACCGGUUUGGGGGUCAUACACACUUUUUGCUUUAGCAACUCUGCUUUCAGGACUGUUAUUAGGACUUUGUAUGAUUUUUGUGGCAGAUUGCCUUUGUCCUUCAAAAAGGCGCAAACCACAGCCAUACCCUUUAAAAAAAUCAUUACCAGAAUUUUCUCAACCUUUGAAAAAAGUGGAGGAGGAACAAGAGGCUGAUGAAGAAGAUGUUUCAGAAGAGGAAGCUGAAAGUAAAGAAGGAACAAACAAAGACUUUUCACAGAAUGCUAUAAGACAACGCUCUGUGGGUCCAUCGUUGUCCACUGAUAAAUCCUAGUUAGCUUUUAUGGAUAUCUUAAUAUCAUGAUUUUAACAAAAACUGAAGGUUGAUCAUUUGUUUUUAUGUGAACUGUGACAUAUAUUACAGGGUUUGAUCUAGAUUGUUGGAUUGAACAGUUUUCAUUAAGAAAAUAAAAGUAGGCAUAAAAGUUUGUAAUAUGAUUUAAGAAUAUUAUGGUGGUUUAAGCAAUGUUUAAUUUUGGAAAAUCUGGUGCCAAGCAAUAAGAUUUGUACAUUUGUUUAAUAGUAACCUGUUCCAAGUCUGAAUUGAAAAAAUUACAUUUCCCAAGGUUUGCAUUAUUGGGGUAUUUAGAUUAGAGAAAAAGAUUUCUCAUUUGAUAGGAUUUUUCUCAGUUUCACUGUGUGAAAAAAAGAACAUAUUUCCCAUAAAUGGGAACUUUUUGCCCAUUGUCUUGAGAAACGCAUAUUUCAGUGAUAACUCUGUGGUCUUUUAGAGAUAUAGUUCAAAAUUCCCUCAUAUUUUAAAAAUUAUGCAACUAAUAAAAAACUGCCUUGCUUUAAUUAUAGUUUUCUGCACAUCAUAUACAUAAUAUACUACUAAUUGAGGAAGGUUGUAUAAGUGUAGGUAUUCUCUUGAUUCCUUUAAAGGUUAAUUUUUUUCUUUUGUUCCCUUGGUUAGUGUAUGGUUUGUAUUUUUUAAUUUGCCAUGGAUUACAUUUCUCAAAUUGGAUGAUAUGAACAGUAUCACUGUUACAUUUACUAUUGUUAAAUAGUACUUUUUGUUGUUUCAAAUUGAAGUUUACUAAAAGAUCCAUCAAAUUGAGCUAUAUUGAUAAUUUAAAAUUUUGGUCAUUCAGUCCAAAUUUUACAUUAUUGUUGAACUUUGUCUUGAAUAUUUUGAUUUUGUUCUUUCUUUUGUUUUUGUUUUUGUUUUUGUUUUUAAUGUGAAGGUGGACAUUCCUGAUUUUUAUUUGACAUAGAAAAGCUGGAUAUUUUGUACUUUGGAAGUGCAAAGCUUAAUUUGAUAUAAAAUAAAGUUCGCUUUCUACUCAGGAAAAAUCA